UAUAUACUUAUGUGUACACAAUGCUCGAGCGAAAGAGUACAAAUGAAUACUUUUCUGAUAAGAUAAUUAAUGUUUCAAAUGUAUUUCUGUUUUUCAGUUUAUACACACAUACAUACGAGCCACAUGCACUCAUUUGUAUCUGAGUGUGAUUCACUUCCAGUUCAGUUCGUAAAGUAAAAUUAUUGUAAGGCAAAAUAAUGACAACUAACGCAGAGAAGGACUUUUUUCACUUGAACCAAAGUGUCAGCAAGGCGCUCAAUGGACUGGAGGCUCCAUUGAAGUCGAAACAUGCUCGCUCAGCUAUUAUUAUCAUACACAAAUCGAAAGAAGCGCGAAGCUUCUGGGCCGUCAUUACACGACAGCCGAUUAUGGAAAGUCGCUUCACAGCUUGGAAAUUCUGCCAUCUGCUGCACAAAGUCCUUAGAGAAGGCCCCAAAUGUGCGAUACAGCAAUCCCUGAAGCAUUCCAAUAUGAUACUGGAGAUUGGCAAAUUGUGGGGUCAUCUACACGGUGACAUUGGCAACUGCAUAAAGGCAUAUAGCAAAUUUUUGGUAACCAAACUGAACUUUCACGAGAAGAACCGCAUGUAUCCUGGAACUCUCCUCAUAACUUUUGCUGAUAUCGCACAUGUCGCCAAUGGAGAUCUAAAUUUCUAUUUUCAACUUUGUGUGGAAAUCUUCGAUUACCUGGAUGAUAUAAUUGCUCUACAAGUCGCCGUAUUCAGUUCCAUUAAUACGUAUCGCAUAUCGUCAAUGACGCAGGCAGGACAAUGUAGAUUAGCACCGCUGAUAACGCUGAUUCAAGAUUCCAAUCCAUUGUACGAUAUGAGCGUGCGACUUAUGUUUAAACUGCACGAAAAGUUGCCCAACGACGUGCUCAGCGGUCAUCGAGAACGCUUUGCUGGCAUUUUUGCCAGAUUAAAAUUGUUCUACGAGAGCGUGAGACCAUUGCAGUAUUUCCAUGAUCUGAUUACAGUUCCACAGUUGCCCGAACAUAGUCCGAACUUCAAGUCCCAGGUCGAUUUUGGCAGUUAUGUUCCCCCUGUUGUCCAUGUUCAAUCCGAACCAGAUCCGGUUGUUGAAGAUCUAGUUGAUACGAAUUCCGCCAAUAAUAUUGUAGAGCAGGAUCAAAUUCUGGUUCAGCGCAUUGAAGUUCUCGAAAGUAUGAUAGAUGAUAAGGAGGAUACUAUACGACAACUGAAGGAUAAACUCGAUGGAAGCCUGAAUCAUUUUAAUGGAUUGGAGCAGACGUAUAAGCACAAUAUCGUGGAACUACAAAGGAGUAAUACAGCAUUGUGUAAUGAUCUAGAAUCAUCGAAGGAAUUGGUUGCAAAUUUGCGGAUGCAAAAGGAUGAGCUUGAACUGCAAUUGACAAAUAAUCCCAUUUUAAUUCAAAAAGUAUUUGAGGAAGAGGAGAAGCAAAAGUUAUCUUCGGAAAAGUUUAACAAGCUUAAAGUAAUGUACACCCAAAUCAGAGAUGAGCACAUAAGUUUACUUCGUCAGCAUGGCGAAUUUACCAAAUCGUUAAAUAAAGAGAAGCAAGCGAAUGCAGAAUUAUCAGUGCAGAUUAAAGAUCUAAACAAUGAAAUCUUGAAGAAGGACGAAAGUAUUGAAGCCGACAAAGAGACUACCGCAAAGCUUUUGCUGGAAAUUGAAAAUCAAAAAACUCAUUCGACAAAUCUUGAAAGUGUUGGCAAAGAAAUGAAGGCUAAAUACGAGGCUAUAAUACAGAAAAAGGAAAGUGAAAAUCUUGAGGUACAUUCAAUGGUAAAUGUGCUAAAAGAAAGUGAAACUGAGCUGGGCACUGUUAAAUUGGUUCUAAUAGAAAAAGAACAAAAGCUAGCAGAAGCAGAAAGUUUGUUGAUUGCGAAAGAUAAGGAAAUUGCCGAUAACCUUAAAACGUAUGAAGAAAAAAACUCUGAACUUUCUACCAAAAAUAAGGUUUUGGAAGAAACGCUUCAAAAGGAUUCCGAAGCUUCUCGAGGUUUAUUAGUGGAGAGUGAAACCAAGCUCAAAGAAAAGGAAAAUGCAUUGCAGGAAGCCGAAACUUCUUUAACAAGGUUAAGAGAAGAAAAAGUAACAUUGGAGAAACUCGUAAGGGAAGUGCAGGUCUCCUUGAGUUCAAAAGAAAGGGAAGUCAUUGAAAAUCUAAAGGCACACGAAGAGAAAUAUAGUCAGCUGUCUAUUAAACACAAAGAAUUGGAGGAAAUUCACCAAAAAGAUACAAAAGACCUGCGCGGGAAGUUGAGUGAAACCGAAAGCAGACUUCAACAAAAGGAAAAUGCUUUACAGCUAACUGAAUCAUCUUUAGCUAAAGUAAGCGAGGAAAAAGUGUCCACGGAAAAACUCUUAAGCGAUGUACAAAUUAAGCUAAAGCAACGCGAAGAGGAUUUAGUAAAUGCAUCGAAUAAAAAUGAUUCGCUAUCAAACCUGAAUCAACAAUGUCAGAAUGCCUUACAGAUGAUGAGGAAUCUGACAAUUCAGACUGUGAAAGAAAUGUGUUCUUCGAAACUAACCGAUGUGAUCGAACAGCCUAUGGAGGGAGUAUUAAAAAUCUCCUCAAAGACGGAAACUUUGCUUAGCAAAAUAAUGUCUUCCGCGCAAACACCAAAUGAAGGAAACACCGAAAAGUUGCACGAUAUUUUAUAUUUAGGUUACUAUUUUAUAGAACUGUAUGAUCAAUGCGACAUGAUCUAUAAAUCUACCACAGAGAUCGAAAAGGGUCAAGAUAUUUUAAGUAAGGUACGCACAAUGUGUCCUGACUUAACUGAACUGUUUGUUGUUGUUCAAAAAGAUGAAAAUAGUUCGGAAAUCAAAAACGUUGGACAAAAGAUACAAAAUAAAUUGUCUGAAUUGAAUGAACUUGUGCGCGGAUUAAUGAGCAAUUUUGAAAAUAGCGUGGACUUGGACAAACUUAUUCAAACCGAACUGAAAGAAAUGGAUAUUGCUAUUGAGGAAGCAGCGACUAAAAUUAUUGAUUUGCUUUCCAAAUCGCGUGAGACCGACAGCAAAAUAAAACUGGAAGUGAAUGAAAAGAUUCUGGAGGCUUGCACAUCCCUAAUGGAAUCUAUUAAGAUAUUGAUCCUGAAAUCCCGUGUGCUGCAACAGGAGAUUGUUUCCUCCCAGAAAGGCAAUGCUACAGAGAAUGAAUUCUAUAAGCGUAAUAGCCAAUGGUCUGAGGGUUUGAUAUCUGCAUCCAAGAGCGUGGCUAAAGGUGCCAACUAUCUCGUUGAAGCUGCCAAUAAUGCGAUUAACAGUGAAUCUGGACAAAAUUUCGAACUAAUCGUUGCUGCCCAGGAAAUUGCUGCUUGCACAGUUCAGCUGGUGAUGGCCAGUAAGGUGAAAGCCAAUCUCAAUAGCCCAAACUUGAGCAACUUGACACUCGCAUCGCGCAACGUAACGAAAGCCACUGGAGUUGUUGUUGCAACUGUGAAGGAUGGCAAUGCAAGAACGGAGCAACAGCAAGAUUUGGAGUUUGCGAAGUUAACACCAUCACAAUUGAAGACAAUGGAAAUGGAAAUACAAGUAAAAGUAUUAGAACUAGAGCAGGCACUUCAAACGCAACGCUUGAAGUUGUCCUCAUUCCGGAAGGAGCAUUACCAGAAAACAGAGUACUAAACAUGACAAAUGAAAAGAGUUUGUAUUAUUUUUUGUUUUCUUUAAAUUAAUAUACAAUUUAAUAUAUAUAAGUGUAUAAUUUGUUAGUCUGGUGCUGGAGUAAAAUACAGUCAUAGUUACUUUUUCACAAAAUAUAAUAUUAUUAUAUAAUAUUUAAACCAUUUGUAAAAUGACCUUGUUGAACUCCCCCAAAUGUUAAAGUACCAAAAUUUUAAAAAGUUGUCCAAAUAAA